AUGGCUUCGCAGUCAUAUUAUGAGCUCUACCGCGGGAGCAGCCUCGGCCUCGCUCUGACGGAUACUCUCGACGACCUGAUCAAUGAGGGCCGCAUCGAGCCUCAGCUGGCGAUGAAAAUCCUGACCACCUUUGAUAAGGUGGUUACCGAAGUUCUGGCCGAGAAGGUCCGGGCCAGGCUUACGUUCAAGGUACAUUCGUUCCGCGGAAGGAGUCACCCACGACACAAGAUCAGUUCCGUGGCUGGAGAUCAAGCAUAA